AAUUUCAUAAUCAAUCCUAUAUAUAAAUAAUAUAUCCAAAAAGAAUGGAACUAAAAGUUACUAUGUGGAUUUGGAUCAUAGCCUUUCGGCUCCAUGUCGUUAAAUCCCAGACCAAUCAAACCCUCCAUUCCUCUUCUAAGUUAAUCGACCAUGGAUCAUUGGUCAGGUUUCGGAGGUUAAGCCCUCAAACUAGGUAUGCAGAACCAGAAAGCAGAUCGAAAGACAAUCAGAACGAUGGGGAUGCGGAUUCUGUGUGUCCAAUCACUUAUUUAUCCCAUGGUUUUACUGGAUUCGUGAUCUCAGACGACAAGGAAGUUCCUAAAGGAUAUAUAUCCAAAGAUCGGAAUGACAUUGGAUCCAAGGUACAGGAAGACGACUGGGAGGCGUAUUUGGGAUCCCAGAAAGGCCUGAAGAUAUUAGUCCUUCUACUGGUUCUUCUGUUUCUGCUGAUACCCAUCCUUGGGCUACUCUAUGCCUGCUGCAGUGCGAGCUGCCAGAAGAACCAAAGGUCCAGUAAAGGAUGCCGCUACUGCUGUGGCAUCCUAUUGGCCAUUUUGGCAUUGUUGAUGCUUUUGUUUCUCAUUCUUGCCAUAUUGGCGGCCACUCAGCUGAAAAUUAACUUGAAGAACCUUAAAGCGUACGGUUGUUAUCCCAGUAACUCCAGCCAAUCAAAUGCGGACUACAUAUUUCAAAAAGCAUCCGAACGUCUGCGUCAUCUUUAUGUCAUCAACUACGAUCAGAAAGUAAAAAGGAUCAAGAGUGCUCUCAACCAAGAACCCAGUAUUAAAUAUCCCAAUAGGGAGCUGGAAGUUCAUGCUAAAUCCAUUGAAAGGCUGAUCGAGGUACUGCGUAAUAUGCGAAGGAUCAAGCCAGUCAUGCUAAGGAUCAAGAAUAAGUUGCUCGAUGCCCGCCGUUUGGCCACUCAGUUCCGGGAUGCGUUACGUGGGGUCAAACGCGAUCUCAUGGUGAUUCUAACCUCUGACUGCACGCAAAGGGAGUGCCAAGAUUUCUACCGUGCGAAUGAGAUCAUGAUGCUGGACAUGGGGUGUUUGCAUUACGAUAGUUUGCCCGAAUUUGAACCGCUUCUUGAAUCUGUUCAGGAAGUACAAGACAGCAAGUUUAUAGACUACCCAAUACAAGCAGUUGAUCAAUUGCGACGGAUCUCUAGGGCAAUAAAAGAUCGCAUGAGUGACAUAUUAGACUCCAUCAAUAAGGACCUGAACAAAGGAGCUAAGAAGCUCAAAGAGAGGUACGAAGCAUCCUUGAAAGUCUUGCGACAAGUGGUUGAGGAGAUGAAGAAGGAUACGCCGGUGGUGGUCAAGCCCAAUCCUAGAUCUAGAUCUACUCCAGCGGCUGACUUGCGUAGAAAGCUCGGAUCCUCGUGGUUCGGAACUACGUUGGGCUUAAUUGUGUUAUUAAUGCUGGUGCCCCUUCUUCUACUCUUUGGUCUUCUGAUUGCUUUGUUUAGUCCAAAAGUAGCCAGUUGGCUUCUCUGUGCCGUUUUGGUUGCUCUUUUCAUCCUGUUUUCCGUGGGAGUUAUCCUGGUGCUCUUCUACUUGGUUCACGGCGCUUUGAUGUAUCAAGCCUUUUGCUCUAGGAAAUCCCCACAGCCGGUAGACAACAAAUCUAUUAAUCUCAAUAGGUUUCUCCCAGAAAACGUAACUACCUUUCGAUCCAUGCCCAUGGUAAGAACCUCAGAAAUUCUGCAGAGCUGUGUGCGCAACGAAAGUUUGUACAAUGUACUGGGUAUCAAGGAGAUCUAUGAUCCAUAUGGUUUUCGCGAUGAUGUGAUGAUCGACGUUCUUAAGUCCCUUGAGAAAAUGGAGAACACUUCGUUGCCCGGCGGACUAAAAGAAAUUCAUCCCGAUGCAGAGGAAGCUGCCAAAAAGUUAUUGACCGGAAACUUGUCUACAUACGACAUAAAGGACUAUACAAAAUAUAUUUGCCCCCAAUUAGUUCCAGAACCCAAUCCAGGUCCUUUGGACGAGUUGAGCAAAAAACUGGAAAGCCUGACAAACAAGGUUGAACCGGGAGUCACUAUGAAAAACCAGGCGAUACAUCUGCGAGCAUAUCAUAAACACUUGGGUGUACCUUUGGCAGCGAUUGUCAAGCGACUGAUAAAGCGACUAAAGCAAAUGGAUUGGCUCUUAUCUGGCGGCUACGGUAGCUUUGUCAAGUACCUCCAUCAUCUGCUGGACAAGAUUAAGCAAGGUGAUGACUUAUUGCGGCGAGAUUCCAAAAAGGAAGCCGACGAGGCGGCCCGUAAGAUCAGUAAAUUAGUGAAAGCCGGGCUGGAUGAUUACGUUCGGGUGGUCGAGGAGCCGACCAAAGAGGACAUGGAGAGCUGUGAACCCCUCACCCGAGAGGAUGGUGAAGCCAUGGUUGAGUACGCCGACCUCUGCAAUCGGAUUGCUAAGCCAAUGAAUGCUAUUUGGUUUUGGCUCUUACUGUUUUCCUUGCUUCUCCUGCCCACCAUCUGCUGCACCCACUUUUUAAGAAGUCGUUUGAAUUCUUUAAAACAUUAUUCGGAGGUUACAAUAGUUUCCUAUGGAGAAGGCAACUUUGUGGCUCCUGGUAUAUUGCCCUUGGGUAUGCCACAAUGCCAAUGCUACAGGUACCUCCCCGUUUCAGCGGAGACCAAUGUGGACUAUGUGGAGGGCAUGGAAGACUACUAUGUGGAUCAAGUAAAGCGCAAGAGGGAGUGA